AUGGCUUCUCAGCGCGUCUUCCAGGUCGGCCUGCGCCGCGCGGGCGUGCCCAUGUUCUCCAGGAUGCAGCCGGCGGGGCGCAUAGCACAGCGGAGAUUCGCCGCCACGCAGCACGUCGAGGAGUCCGAAGGCCAGGAAAUCCUCCGCAAGCAGCGUCUCCAGCGUCCCGUCUCCCCCCAUCUCUCCAUCUACCGCCCGCAAAUCACAUGGUAUGGCUCGGCGCUGAACCGUGUCACCGGCAUCAUGCUCAGCGGCUCGCUCUACCUGUUCGGCAUCGCAUACCUCGCCGCUCCGGCUAUGGGCUGGCAUCUCGAGACUCCCUCCAUGGUCGCGGCCGUUGCGGCUUGGCCCGUUUUCGCCAAGGUCGGCGCAAAGGUGGCGCUCGCGUUCCCCUUCUUCUACCACUCGCUCAAUGGCCUCAGGCAUCUGUCGUGGGAUCUGGGACUUGGUUUCAAGAAUACGACGGUUAUGAGGACAGGAUGGGCGGUUGUGGCUACGAGCGUUGUUGCCGGAUUGUACUAUACGUUCCUCGGUUGAGUGAUUAAGAAAAUAAAAGUGAUGAUGAGUGGUUGAGAAAGAUUAGGGGAGGAAAUUGGGAGCUGUAGGAGCGCGGUUGACAACGGUGGACUGGACAGUUUGACUGCAUCAUCUGUACAUUUUUGUGUUAUUUCAAUGAAGAGCGUCGAUUCACUUUGAGCUGGAAGACCCACCACUGCCGCGGAUGUAUUGAUGGCCGCCGCACAGGGUCCUGGAACUCUUGAGAUUUCUGCAUCGGCUCUAUCGACCGCUACUAUUCUGUUUUGCGAAGUCCUUCAAGGUACUUGUGAACAUAACCAAUACCUAGAUCUUGCCCU